AUGGCUGCAACGGAUGCGGUGAGGUCCCAGACUGGCUUCUACUGUAGCACAUCGGGAACCUAUUUCGCAGACCUGCAGAGCCUUUCGGAGCACUACAAAUCCGAUUUUCACCGUUAUAACUUAAAGCGCAAGGUUGCGGGGCUGCCUCCCGUGACAAAGGAUUGGUUUGAGGCCCGCAAGGCGCAACUUAGCAGCGCGGCCGCCGGCGCAACGGCAGCACCUGUCCAACGGACAUGGAUUGACCCUCUCACAAAGAAAAAAUUUAACACUGAGAACACGUAUUUAGCCUUUGUGCGGUCCAAGAAGUACGCUGAGCUUGUACGCAAGAGCGGGCAGCCGCCACCGGAGCCCAUCAUUCUGACCCGCCAAGCAGCAGCUGAGAACGGACAGCCGCAACAAGAUGCUACAUCAGCAGGAGCAGCUAAUGGCGCAGCGCCCGCACCAUCCGCAAAAGUCGCUGCUCCGGGCUUCAAGGUGGUGGCGCCAUCGGGGGGUUUGCCCGGGAAGAAGGCCGAGUUGCUGAUGCUGAUGCUGGUGGUGAUGGGCGCUGUCGACGCCGUCAUGGCGGAUGUGGCCGGGGCAGAGAGCGACGGCGAGGACGAGAGCGAUGACGAGAGCGGCUGGGAGACCGCCUCCGAUGAGGAGAUGGCUGAGCUGGCGGAUAUGGCCACAGCUGGGGCAGGGGGAAAGAAGGGCACCCAUAUGGCGGAAGCUUCUAGACGACGAGGCGGCGGCGGCGGCGAGGAGGAGGAGUGGCCCGAAUGGGACGUCUGUCGCAGCCUGUUCGACAACCACAUGAGCGAGUCCUUCCAGGCCAACUUGGAGUACAUGUUCAAGAAGUUUGGGUUCUACCUGCCCGACUCGCAGUACCUGGUAGACCCGGAGGGGCUGCUGAGAUACCUGGGCGCCAAGCUGCAAGUGGGCGGUGUGCCGCUGUACGUCCGAGGCGAUGACAACAAUGCACGGCAGUUCCGGAACCUGCAUGCCGUACAACGCCACAUGGUAGACAGGUGUCAGUGCAAGAUGGUGUACGACGACAAUGAGGAGGAGUACGAAGAGUUUUACGACUAUGACGUGGGCCAGCAGGACGCCGACGGUGCCGCCGCGACCACCAGCGACAGUGCCGGAGCUGUAGUCCUCGCGGGUGCGGUCCCGGGCACCAGCGCCGUCGCGGUAGCGGGAUACGAGCUGGUGGUUGGGGGCGGGGGUGAGGACGGUGAGGGCUUCAGUGGCGGCAAGGUUCUUGGCCAUCGGGAGUUUGCCCGACUCUACCGACAACGGCACCGGCCAGAAGACGACCGCCGUUCCGUGUUGGUUAACACCGUGCUGGCACGGUAUCGCGCGCUGGGCGCGCCAACCAGCACCGACAGCGUGCGAGAUCGCAAGGCGAAGGAGGAAGCCACGGCUAGCCAUCGGCAUCAGCUGGCCAGUCAACUGAAGAUGAGCAUGAUUAAGAACAACCUUAAGAAGCUGCCGAAGAACUGCGAGUAUUGA